UUAGUCUUAUCGCGGUCGAUUAUUGAAUUUACGAAAUUACGCUUUACAAAUUAUAAGCAAACAUGAGCGACUUGCUUGACGACGAUUUGGAGUUCCGUGGCGGUACGCUGCAGUUGUCUUCAGAGAAUAACGCUGAAGAGCAAGGCGGUAGUAGUAAUACACUGGGUGUAAACAUAAGUAAGCCCUCAAUAUUGUCUGGUGCGGACUCUUUGCCGUCGAAUUCAUCUACAUCUUCCCUUGCCGAAGGAAGGCCACAAGAAGCCAACGCCUCUGCAGCGCCACCUGAACAACAAACUGUGUACCCCCGCUACGAUGUACCAUUCAACCGAGAGAACAUUCAGGACUUCUUCACAUUCCGGAAGGGAGUUGUCGAGAGUGCCAUACAAGAGUGUAUCACAGUGCUGCUGUUUCCUGAGGAUGGGGAGUACCUUGGUUCAUGGUUAUUGACAGAAAUAACUCUGUGGGACAACGAGAAGGAGCGAAUAGUUCUGCUGACAUCCCGGCUGGUGAUGACCAUAAAGUAUGACUUCAUCGCCAUGAAGCAACUGGACUUCAAGAAGACAUACCUCGACGAUCUGGACACCAUCGUUAUUGGGGAGCUUGUGUACCCACCCUCCUCUUUAGUUCCUCGGUUGAACGGCAUAGCGACGGGCGUGACUACGGUGGUGAAAGACGUCGUGAUUGACCGUCUGUGCCGGCGGCCGAGCGACGACGGGGACGCCAAACUCUUCGAUUACAAGUAUUUUGAACCUAGAGAACGUAACCUACGCGGAGUCCGACUGAUGUGGAACAAAGGGGAGCCGCUACCACUGAAAAUGGCGUGGAACCCUUUUAGUCAGGACGUCCCUUUUAUAACAUUCGCAUCGCAUCCGAUUUACUGGCAUAAAGAUGACGAAGUCGAAGAGCGUUCCACGUACGACAUGGAAAUUUUCGCCCAGAAGUUACAGAGGGCCGUCGAAGCUAUGGCCUCAUCAUCCUGCUGUAUACACCACGCACCUAUAGUCAUACAGAGUUACGUAGGUGUGACGUCAAUGCUACAUAAUAAGACAAGCAUGGGCUUCUUCAAGGUCAGAGGGAAGUUUAGUUUCUAAUUACUAAGGCCUGUGGAUUAUAGAAAUUAGUAACCAUGACAUAGGGAAGUGGUUCCCAUGGUCAUACAAAGUUACGUAGAUGUGAAGUCAUUGAUUUACAAUAAUACCAGUAUGGGAUUUUUCAAGGUCAGAGGGAAGUUUAGUUUAAUCACUAAGGCCUGUGGGUUAAAGAAAUUAGUAACCAUGACAUAGGGUUAUGGGAAGUGGUUCCCUUGGUCAUACAAAGUUACGUAGAUGUGAAGUCAUUGAUUCACAAUAAUACCAGUAUGGGAUUUUUCAAGGUCAAAGGGAAGUUUAGUUUCUAAUCACUAAGGCCUGUGGGUUAUAGAAAUUAGUAACCAUGACAUAGGGUUAUGGGAAGUGGUUCCCAUGGUCAUACAAAGUUAUGUAGAUGUGAAGUCAUUGAUUCACAAUAAUACCAGUAUGGGAUUUUUCAAGGUCAAAGGGAAGUUUAGUUUCUAAUCACUAAGGCCUGUGGGUUAUAGAAAUUAGUAACCAUGACAUAGGGUUAUGGGAAGUGGUUCCCAUGGUCAUACAAAGUUACGUAGAUGUGAAGUCAUUGAUUCACAAUAAUACCAGUAUGGGAUUUUUCAAGGUCAAAGGGAAGUUUAGUUUCUAAUCACUAAGGCCUGUGGGUUAUAGAAAUUAGUAACCAUGACAUAGGGUUAUGGGAAGUGGUUCCCAUGGUCAUACAAAGUU